CAGAUCCGCUUGGUGCCAGAUGGUCACAAACCCGUAAGAGAUGACUCGCCAGAAGUCUGCCUGCCAAAAUGUGCCCAUGUCGUCUUCUCGCGUUACGGGCCGAUAGCAAACCUUGAGCUUGAUGAACAAUCAUUCCCACGUCCGCGCAUAUAUGUAGCUCGAGUGACCAUUGCGAAUCCAUUCACGGCGAUUGGCUUGGCUUGACCAAAAUUAACCCGAGGAUCCAGGACAUUCAUUCAACUCGUCCAAUGCUCGUUCGUCUAUUGCAAGGCGACCUCUCCGCUCGUCCACGGACUUCGCGCGCAUCUGCACCAGCAACGUCAGCGAUGGACUCGUGGCCUUCGCGGUCUUUGCGUUCCUUCAGUCAUCCAUCAUCAAGGUCCUGCCCCGCUACGUAUCAGCCGAGGGAAGUAUUGCGAUCACACACACUCCGCCAGACUCGCGCAUCAGUAACGUUCGCCAGAUUUGGUUCCUUUGGUCCAUUCAGGGACACCCACUUGCUUGACGGGAGGCAAAAAUGCUCGCUGCUCCUGCUUCCCUCCAGUCGCACGCUCCGUCCUGCUCGGCGCGAACCUCAGGGCCAAGGAGGACCACGCUUGGCCGCACUCCAACGCGGGAUAUUCAAGUAUACGAUGCACGACGCGCGGUCCAUACAGGGAUAUCCGAGACGAGAAACCUAUCGAGAGAGCACCAGCGACGAACGAGUCCAUAUGCCAGCCAUGGAGGGUGGCGCCUUUCGCGGUCCAUCCCGCCGAACGAAACGACCUAUCCAGGAUAGACGCAUGUACGCCACGGACCCAUGGCCUCCUUUCUUCCUUCGACCAGUCCUAUAGGAACGAUAUUCAUCCUGACCCGCGACCCGCGUCCUAACGCGCCCAUCCGCUAUCCCCAUUGGCGUGCCUCGGCGGGCGAUCUUCGAAUCGUUCAUCCUUCUCGUCGCGUCUUUUUUCGUCCCUGCGACGGUCAUAAUAAGGGUCAGGGCCUCGACGGUCAUCAUA